AUGGCAUUCCAGCCUACUCCGAAUGAUGUUUCCGUCAUUAUCACAGCCGCGGCUUUGGCCCGUGGCGCCGACGCUGAGCCAAACUUUGUCACUGAGCGUCGUAUCACUCCGACCUGGACAGUUAUGCAACUCAAGGGAAAGCUUGAGACCAUGACUGGCGUGCCACCGGGCAGCCAGCGCUUAAAAGUCAAGGUACCUGGGCGGCCUGAGCAAUGGGCCGACGGGGAUGAUCGGCUCAUUGGCGAGUGGGGUCUAGUCAAGGGAUCUGAGAUCGAGGUUCAUGAUUCUCGCCCGCCGUCGAUGAGGCCUAAUUUUACAGAUCUCUCUUCCGUUGAUAAAUAUGAGCUGCCCACUGAGACCUAUGAGUCUCUACCUAAUUCUGUCCUGGCCUGGAAGAAGAAUCAAAAACUCGGUCGUUUCGACCCAAAUGCUCUUUCGCCCGAGGACGCAUUGCGAAAGCAAGUAGAAAAGGAUCAAAGCGAGGUUGCUACCAAAGAAAUUGCCGUUUCCAAACGGGCGAUCAUCUUGCCUUCGUCUCCGCCGCAUAUUCGCCGGGGAACUGUUCGAUUUGUUGGUCCUGUUCCGACAAUUCCUAUCUCGGGUCCCGGCCGCGAGUUGGAGCGUAAGGGCGAGCUUCCUAUGGAGUUGCAGCCGAUCUGGGUUGGUAUUGAGCUGGAUGAGCCGAUGGGAAAGAAUAAUGGUAGUGUGGGUGGUCAGCGAUACUUCGAGUGUCUCGACAAGCGAGGUGCUUUUGUCAAGCCUGAGAAGAUUGAAGUGGGAGAUUUUCCCCCUCUGGACCUUGAAGAUGGCCUGGAUGAUUUGAUGGAGGAGAUUUAA